AUGAACACCUUCGUCACCCGAUUCUCCACUUCAGGUGCCGCGAGUGAACUCAGGAGAGUGAAGGAUACUUCGGCGGAAGAUGAGGACUGCUCAGAUGUGAUGUGGGGUUCGGAAGCUGGCUUUGGCAACCUCGCCCGCGGGGUGCCCAACUUCUCCGUGCCCAACGUUCCUGAUCCUGCAGCUUUCUUGAGGCUCCAUACAGACGAUCACGCGGAUCCCAGCUGCCGCAUUAAGAUCAAGCAUGGUACCACCACGCUUGCAUUCCGGUUCCAAGGCGGAGUGAUCGUAGCGGUUGAUUCUCGAGCGACCGCCGGGAGCUACGUUGCAUCGGGCACUGUCAAGAAGGUCAUUGAAAUCAACCCCUACCUGCUUGGCACUAUGGCUGGUGGCGCCGCCGAUUGUCAAUACUGGGAAACGUACCUGGGAAUCCAAUGCCGGCUGCAUGAGUUGCGGAACCGGGAGCGCAUCUCUGUCGCGGCUGCUAGCAAAUACCUCAGCAACCUCGUUUACGGCUACAAAGGGAUGGGCUUGAGCAUGGGGACCAUGAUCUGCGGUUGGGACAAGACAGGCCCUGCUGUCGUUUAUGUCGAUUCCGAUGGCACGCGGUUAAAAGGCGAUCUUUUCUCGGUUGGAUCCGGCAGCACCUAUGCGUAUGGUGUUCUUGACCAGGGCUACCGGUGGGACCUCACCGACGAGGAGGCUCAAGAGCUCGGCAGGCGAAGCAUCUACGCCGCUGGUCAUCGCGAUGCAUUCUCCGGUAACACAUGCAAUGUUUACCACAUCAAAGAAGACGGCUGGAAGUUUAUUGGCAACUUCGACGUCUCGCAAAUGCACUACGAGGGAGCCGGAGAUGUCCCCGGUUCAACGCAUGCCGCGUAUGGAUACGAUAUUCGCACAGAAGGGAAGAGCUCUUCGGAUCCUCCUGCACCAGCUCCCGUCGCCGUCGAGGCCUGAUGUACCGUAUAUGUAUGAUGUAUCAUGAUUCAAACGUUCAC